AUGGCACCACAAAAUAAUAAUUAUACUUCUAAUCUAGAGGAUUCUGCUGAUUACAAUGUUUCAAAUCAUGAUCAAAACACUGAAUCAUCUGUAAAUCAUCGUUCUUCGCCGUCUUCGCUAUUUUCUGGAAUCAAGUCAGUAGCCUUUGAUGUAUCAUCUUAUUGGGCAAAGAAACUUUACGAUGCAGUCCUGUUGCCUCGAGACCCAAGAGCUUAUUAUAAGCAUUUACUAGAUGUUGCAAGCAAUUAUGAACAAUGGUCUGAAGCAGCAAAAAUGUUAGAUCAGGUUGAAGGGAAAGAUCUGUGGAAGAACGAUGCAAAAUCACCUGACUAUGAUUAUGAUCUAUUGCAACAACGUCUCCAACAAUUAAAAAAAGCACGUAAAUCCGGCGAUUUAUCACAUAUGACAUUUUUAUUAAAAACUUCAUUGGCAAGAAAUUUAGGUGAUAUGGGUCAACCAAAGUUAUACGCAUAUACACAUAUUGGCACGAAAAGAUUGAUAGAGAGUUAUAUAGCCGAAGUAGUAAAACAAAUGAAUAUCAUAUGUGACACAGAAUCUGAUGAUAUAUCAACUAAAGACAAACUUGAAUUCUUUAUUAACACGAGGCAAUCUUUUGGAAGGACCGCCCUUUUAUUGAGUGGAGGCGCUACAUUUGUGAUCAAGUGUCUAUAUGAAUGUAAGCUCUUACCUCGCAUCAUUUCUGGUGCUUCAAGUGGAUCAAUUUUUGCUGCUCUCUUAUGCACAAAGACGGAUGAUGAAAUUCCCGAAACUCUUAGAACACUUAGUUCUUCUGAAUUUCAUUUGGAGGUAUUUGAAAGAUCGUCAGAGCCGGAAACAUGGUUGGUGAGAAUUAAUAGGUUUCUUAAGCAAGGUGUAUUCUUCGACGCUGAUAUUUUGAAAGAAUGCAUGCGCCGCAAUAUUCCGGAUAUGACUUUUCAGGAAGCAUAUAACCGAACCCGAAGAAUAUUAAAUAUUACUGUAAGCACUUCCACGGUGUAUGAAAUGCCACGUCUUCUUAACUACCUAACGGCUCCUGAUGUG